AUGUGGUUCGCCCCUGAAAUUGUUCCUGGCAGGCAGUCACGAGGUUGGUCGGUAACCUUACCGCAUAGCCCCGACUCCAACCCGGCUCUUAGUUCGAGCGUCUCACCCACGGCGCGCGCUGACGACUCUCAUCUCACUCCUAGCAACGUCAUCCAUUCCUCGUCAGGACUCCGACUCCCUUUUCUUAAGUCUCCCACACCAUACGGGCCCACUUUACCGACAAUGACGCCAGGUGGUUUGAUAGCAAUUAUGGGAGGGACUGGAACUGGGAAAUCGACGUUCAUCAACAACAUUGUCGGCAAGGACGUUACGGAUGUUGGACACGGCUUGGAGUCGCAAACCACGGAGGUUAAAGAAUACGAAUUCUCGAUGCCCAAUGGCGUUCGUGUGACCCUCGUCGACACGCCUGGCUUCAACGACUAUAAUGACAAUGGUGGCAAAUCCGACCUAGUAAUUUUGAAAGAAAUUGGCACUUACCUCAAAGCGAAAUAUGACGAGAAACGCAAGUUUUCUGGCAUUCUAUAUUUGCACAACAUCGGCGAUCCCAAAGUCGGGGGAUCUUCGCAGCGAAAUAUGGCGAUGUUCAAGAAGUUAUGCGGACCCGAUCCUCUGAAGAAUGUCGUGGUCGUCACCACAUUUUGGGACGAACUAGAUUUGACGCAAGGUGUCGAAAACGAAUUAGAGCUGAAGACCAAGGAUAAAUUUUUCAAAGGACUCGUUGACGGGAAAUGCAGAUUCGCUCGCUCUGGAAAAUAUCCUCCGGGAAAGACACCCAAAGGUCCAGAGUUCCCCCCUGCAAUCUCUAUUGUCUCGGACCUCCUCGCCCUCAACCCCGUCUUUGUCGAGAUGCAGAAGGAGCUCGCCGAGGGAAAGACUGUGGAGAAGACUUCUGCUGGUGUGGAGCUGUACAAGGAACUUCAAGAACUUAAGCGUCAGCAAGAGAAGGACGUUACCGAUUUGAACAAAAAAAUUGCAGAGUUGAAAUCUGUCAACGCCAAAGACAAAGUAGCGAGGGAGGCAUUGGAAGAUGAAAGCAAGGCGCUGAAAGCGCAACUUGAGGAAUUGGUGACAGGGCAGCACAAUCUACACCAGGAGGUGCAUUCCGGCAGGUCGGAGCUUGUCAACGCUAUAACGCAGUUAAAACGAGAAAAGGAGGCGUCGGCGAAGCAAAGGGAACUCGACUUGGAUAACAUCCGUCGUAUUGAGCUACAACAUGAACUCGAGCUUCUGAAAACUCUACAUGCCAAGGAAAUCCUUGAAUGUCAAUUCCAGAUCCGAUCCCUACUCGACGGCAACUCUCAUGAUGCCUACCAAAGGUCGCAACUUGAAAAAGCUUGCGAAGAUCUCACAGCUACUGUGUCUGAUCUAUCUCAAUCCCUGAAUAAGCUCCGAGAGACAAACAAGAAAGACGCGUUGGCGCGAACGGAACUUGUGCAGGAGUGUGCCCAGCUCCGCGAAAAAGUGACGACACACGGCAAGACACUGUCUGAUCUCGCGGAAGCGAAAUCGAAGAUAGCCCACUUGGAGUCGCAACUGAAAGUAUCGCAGGAGGCGCAGGAGAAAAUGGCAUUUGAGCUAAGCAGAUCCCAGUCGGCUCGGGAAAACGCCAAAUCCAACAAGGACGGCGCGAGAGAAUUGCGAUCGCCUCAGUCUCCGUCCUUGCUUUAUAUGAUUUCGAGCCUCUCUGCAGCACGAUAA